CGCAUUCUUCAAAGACCCAACAUUUGCACCCAUGAGCGAUGGAAAACCGAGCGCAGCGCGUGGAUAACGCGUUGCAACAGCUGCUCUUCCGAUUGAUCCCUUGGAAGGAGGACGACGAUGAAGCAGUAGAAGACCAGCGCUUCGACGAGGCAUUGCAAGCAGCCAGACAAACACUAGAUAAUCAAGCGUCCUCGGCAGCAGCAGACGAUGUACACCAUGCCGCCGACCUGAUCAGACAAAAGCUGGUACACGAGAACAGCCGUCCGGACAAAGCCCUUCACUUCUCAAACCUCUAUUCGCGACUACUUAGCCAGCCUGUGCUUGACAGGAAAUGGGCCAUCUUGUACUUCUUGUACCGUCUUGGGGAUUCUGAAGCAGGACAAGCACUGGAUGCUGCCUCUUCGCCUACACCACGCCCACAACCUCCCUUGCGCCAGCAAAGCAGCGAUGCCCCUGCUUUCAAUGAUGCUUUCUCUCGCAAUGGGCUACCCCGAGUGCCCAAUCCGGAGGACCCAGAACCUGUGCGACUGCCGCAAACAAGGGAAAGGAUGCCGCUACGCGCAUCCACACGCUCAAUAGAAGCAUCACCGGAGCCCACGGCUUCAGGUAACCCGCUAGAUGCGCCUUCGGAAGCUCAAUUGCUUCGCGACUUGCCUUUCACCUUACAAGGUCUCUCUUCGACCAACCUUGCUUUCUCCGACUCUUCGCUCAAGCUACCCUCGACAUUACCCGUACCAAUAAUCAGUCUGCUCCACACGCUCGCCGAACCUUCGUUGCUGUACCGGAGUUUGUCAGCAUUUGUCGACUCUUCAAAAGGUGGUCUAGUCGGUCAGAGCUUGCGCUCUGCGAUUGGUGUCGAGCUCAGGGCAUACCUUGGUCUGGUUGCUACUCUGGAGGCACAGAUCAGAAGGGCUUUGACACAACUGCAAGAGUCGCCUGGAAAUCUGGGUCUUGGAAAGGCUGGCGUGACACUGAAACGAUGCGUUGUCUGGACUCGCGAAGCUACUAUGGGCCUGAGGCUCAUGAGUAUGAUAGUCGAAGAAGCAAAGGAGAAGAAGGGAGGAGAGCUGAUAUCGCUCAUCCACUCAUACGCUUCGUCACAUGGCGACCCCUUCGUCUACACCUUUGCUGAACGACUACUAGUUCACGUUACUCGACCGUUCUACACUAUGCUUCAACACUGGAUCUACGACGGCGAGCUUGAAGAUCCUUUCCUGGAGUUUUUCGUCUACGAAAAUCGUGAUGCCGACAUGGACUCCGACCCUCGUCGUGGUGGCGCAACAAGUGUCUGGGAAGACAAGUACCGUCUCAAAGACAGCAUGAUACCCACCAUAAUCACACAAGACUUUGCUAAAAAGGUCUACCUGAUUGGCAAAUCACUCAACUUCAUCCGCUAUGGUUGUGGCGAUUCAGCUUGGGUUGAAAAUCAUAGCAAGAGCUCUAUGCGCGAGCUUCGUUACGGUGAUACGGCCACACUGGAAUCGUCGAUUGAUUCGGCCUACAAGGGUACCAUGGCUCGCCUGAUCUAUCUCAUGGAAGACAAGUUCAAGCUAUUUGAGCAUCUGGCAGCACUCAAGAAAUAUCUACUUUUGGGACAAGGUGACUUUGUCGCUUUACUCAUGGAAUCUCUGGCUUCGAAUCUGGAUAGACCAGCCAACAGCCAAUAUCGACAUACUCUCACCGCUCAGCUGGAGCACGCCAUCAGGAACAGUAAUGCCCAGUAUGACUCCCCUGACGUUCUUCGCCGCUUGGAUGCUCGUAUGCUCGAGCUUUCUCAUGGAGAAAUCGGUUGGGAUGUCUUUACUCUCGAAUAUAGGGUUGACUCCCCACUCGACGUCAUCGUCACACCUUGGGCAUCAAAACAAUACCUCAAAGUCUUCAAUUUCCUCUGGCGUGUCAAGCGUGUCGAGUUUGCUCUAGGAAGUACCUGGCGACGAACAAUGACCGGUGCUCGAGGUGUCCUGGGCGCUGUUGGAGACAAAGUUGACGGAGAUUGGAAAAAUGCACGAGGUGGCAUUGCCGAGAUGAUUCAUUUUGUCUCACAACUACAGCAUUACAUUCUUUUUGAGGUCAUCGAAGCCGGAUGGGAGGGGCUUCAAAAGGCUAUGCGGACGCCUGACGCUACUUUGGACGAUUUGAUCUCGGCCCAUGGCGCUUAUCUUCGCAGCAUCACAAGAAAAGGUCUUUUGGCUCCAUCGGGCUCGCAGGCCGCAUCAUCUACAGCACCAGAUUUCACUGCUCAACUUCACGAGCUCUUGAAGCUCAUGCUUGCCUACAAGGAUGCAGUCGACAGUCUCUACUCUUACUCCGUGGCAGAAUUCACCCGUCGUCAAGAUCUAGCUGCAAAGAUCGAAACUCGCACUGCAGCAGGUACUUGGGGCGUCACGGAAAAAGACGACAACGACUUCGGGUCUUCACAUAUGAGCGGCAACAACAGAGGCUCCCGCCGCAACAACCGUGAUAACGAUUCACCCAUCCCACCACUCCUACCCCUCGCAAACUCUAGCGGAAACGCGGCAGCAGAUGAAGCAGCUAUCCUCUCUUCGCUACGGGGACGCCUGAAAUCCCUAGCCACGGACUUUAGGGCUAGAGUCAACAUCUUGCUAGGAGAUCUAGCCUACCAGCCAGACGUUGAUAUGAGGUUCUUGGGUGUCGUCAUGAAUUUCAACGAUGUCUAUAGCCCAGUUAGGCGUGGUGGCCGUAGGAGGCAAACUGUCGCCAAAGAACAGCAUGCUGAUAAGGACGUGGUGGAUAAGGGUAAGGAGAAGGUGAGAGAACGAGUCAAGCGGAGUCGUGAAGGCGAAGGUGAGGCUAACGGCGGUGCCUCUAAGGAAGGCUAGAUAGACCUUCUUCAUGCUUCUUGAUGGCGUUAUCAGGUAUAGGGACCUCACAAAGGCUUUGUGCUCCGUGUCUGAACGAUAUUCGACUGGGCUGGUACCCUUGUUCUUGAAGAGCUGCACUUCUAUUCCUGAUUUUGGGCUUCCAGGGCUUGCAGUGGAG